GCGGGGAGGCGCAAAUAGGUUGCGCAACAAACCGGAAGGUGGGGCUGUUUUUAGUGUCGCAAUGGCGGGUAAUUCAAAAUGUAUCGAUUCGAUGCUGAAACCUGAAUUAAGAUCGUUUCUUAUGGCAAGGGGCAUGACUGUGUCAAAUUACACUUUGGCACAACUGCGUGAGUUGGCGAAUAAGGCAGUUGAACUUGGUUUACCAGUGCUAACGACUCCCGAUGAUACGGCUUCAUUCCUUUUGGAGAGAUGUACGGUAGUUGUUGACAACGAAACAGUGACGUUUCCCGUGGUUGUGUCGCCCAAACUGAAAUCGUGGACUGAUAACCUGUCUUCGCUUCCGAUGUUCUGUCAAGCUGACAUCCUAGUUUACUUGCUGGGGCAUGCAAGUUGGAGUAAAGAGAGACUGAAGGGGUUCAGGAAGGAGAAGGGAUAUCGACUGCAUGUCGAUGGCCAUGUCCAUACAGUUGAGCUUCAUAGUUUGACACACGAUCAUAUCUAUGUACGAGCCCAGUGCACCCGUGAGACAUCACAGUCUGAGAAGGCCUACUUAACCUGGUGUCUACUGGAGAAGGAAAUGCUUGUAUUGUGUCAGCAGGAUGUGAAUGUACAGGUGAUGAUGGUGCUUGUAAGCACGUUGUUGCCCUACUGUUCAGCAUAGUGGACUGGUCUGACAGACAUGUGGACAGGAGUACAGAGACCUGCACAGAUGUCAAGUGUGUUUGGGACAAUGCUAGGAAAGAGUCUUUACCACUUAAACUAGCUGACAUUAAUACUUCACUACUCCACACAGAUACAAUUAAUAAUUAUCGUCCUAGUAAUGAAUGUUGUUUUGAUGUCCAGAAUGCAUUGCAUGAAUUAAUUAAGGACACAGAUUGUCAAAUGAAUGAAGUCUUGGAUAAUGAGCAUAGUCAAGUUAGCAUUUCACUUCCCAAAACUAUGCUUGAAUUUGGCCUUGAAUAUAAAACUUUGACAAUUUCACCUCCCGGUUUCAUUGAUUAUGUUAAGUUUAACAUGACACACAGUGAUUGUGAAGAAAUUAAUUCACUUUCUGAGGGUCAGUCAGAUAAUGAAAACUGGUUUAGGUAUCGAUGUGGUCGACUGACUGCAUCUGUCUUUCCAAAUGUGUUGAUUUACAGUCAAAAUAAAAGUGACAAUUACAUAGUAAAGCAAGUCAUGUCUGAGUAUAGAGGCCAAUCUGCUGUUAGUAGUACUUGUGCUUCUUCAAGAUGAGCACCAGCAAUGUAUGGAAAAGAGCGUGAAGUCCUUGCCCGUCAAUUGUAUGAAUGUAAACAAAAAAUAGACCAUGUUGGCUUGAAUGUUUAUGUUCCAGGAUUAUUAGUAAAUGAAAAUAUGCCUCAUCUUGGUGCCAGCCCUGAUGGUGUUGUACAUUGUAAAUGUUGUGGUAAGGGCCUUUUAGAAGUUAAAUGUACUUACAAAUACAAAAAUUGCAGUAUUGAUGAAAUUUGUUCUGAGAAUUACAAUGUGUAUAAAAAUGAAAAUGGAGUGAUAAAGCUGAAUAAGUCUUCACUUUGGUUCAAGCAAAUACAGUGCCAAAUGGCAGUUGCAAAUGUGCAGUGGUGUGAUUUUGUUCUCUAUGUUGAAGGUACCAUAAAAACUGGAAAGCAUUUGAUAUAUAUUGAUAGGAUUUGUUUUGAGGAAAUGGAAUGGAAAAAAAGAUUUUCAGAAAAUAACCUCUUUCUAUGAAUCAUUCAUUGUCCCUAAACUGUUGUCUUAAAUUGAUCUGCAGUUGUAGUAUUGUAAAUGAAAUAUAUGUGAGAGGUGUAAAAGGUUAGUAAGACAUGCUUGUACAGAUAGUCUCAUCCCAGUGUCAUUUGAUGUAUGAUAUAUCACCACAAGUCGAUAAACAUAACAAAACUCAGAGUAUAACCAAAUACUGACUUGUAUUAAUUGUAAUACUUACUGGCAUACAUAAUAGUAUGUCAAUUGAGGAACAAGACAUUAUGGAACAUAAAUUGAAAUUUAUUUCUGUACAUUUGUGCAGCUAAUAUUCAUAACAGAGCUUGGGAUUUCAGCAUCUAUUACUGUUACAUCCAUAUCUAAAACAAGUACAUGUACAUGAAAAAGUAAUAAGUAUUAUUACUAUUGUUAUUAUCAUGUAUUACUAUGACUCCAGGUAAUACUCUACAUUUGUUGUAUAUAGACUUACCAGUAUUAUUAUGAUUUGACAACAAAACAAAUGUACUGUUAAGUGAAUUAAAUGGGGAUAACUGUUAUGUAAACAGUUUGCAAUCUUUAAUAGAAAAAAGUAUCCUGUAAAUACCAAGGGGCACUUAAUGACAAACAUCAAGGUUACAUUUAGUAACAGGUUUUCUACCUAGCAUUACAAUGCAUUUUCAGUAUUUGUCAUCUUUUACUCAGAGCUCCAGAUAAGAUUUAGCUCAUGUGGGUACUGUACCUACUGUAUUGCUUUGGAGUGGGUACUACGAAUGUUGAGUGGGUAUUUCAGUUUCCGUUACCCACUGCUUUCAAAUAUGUGGGUAUUUAAUUGAUUUUACUCACCGAAGUAUAUAUCAUUGAGUAAGUUUACUAAGCAGGUAUGUACUGCCUUAUGUCAUACCUAAGCAAAACCAACUUAAAUAUAAUGGAAAUGAUUUCAUA